AUGAAUCCAUUCAAAACGCCCCCUCAAUUGAACCCACACCCCAAAUUCCUCACACCAACUCCUUUCAAACCAAAAGGACCAACCGUCUCCCCUCCCACAACCCCCGAAACGCACAGAGACAACCUCAGCGACAUUCUCAGCGACAGUGACAUCAGCAUCCUCGACCUCGGUCCAAGCCUCUCCGCCCGCAACACCUCUUGCUACCAAGCACCCAGCACAACCAACACAACUCUCGCCCGAGACACGAAGCAAACCUCCUACCUCACCGCACCGACUACUGGGCAUGGACACGGUCCAAUCAUGGCCCAAGACAUGAAUACUCGACAUACUCCCACAUCCCCGUCACUGAAAGAUACAACACAGGGAGCGGAUAUCACGCCCAAGAAACUCAAGAUGAGGACCGGGUCUGUGAGGGGUGCUUUGAGGACUUUUUCGUCGCCGCUUUUGUCGCCAUUGCGAAGUGGUACUGGGAAGGUUGGGAGGCCGGGAGUUAAUCGGGCGAAGACUUCGUUCAGAGGUGUUGGGGGUGCUUUGGAGCGUUGA